UCACCAUGUGACGCUUGUACACGUGGGGAGUUCGUCACCAGGGCACAGAUCAUCGGAUUGGCGACAUUUCGCUUGCGCCAAUGCGUAUCGAUCCCUGACUCAGAAUUGAAUCGGACCAUUGGCCCGGAGGCUAAGCGCUCGAAACUUUGGAAGAGCCUCGGAGCCGUGAAGAUUGUAGACUAUACCACAUGUCGAGUUUGUGGGCAAAGUGCUCCCGCGGUAACAUUAUCCGCAUGCAGUGGAUUUCCAAUUCCUCUCAUGGCUUCAAAACUUUCUGCAGAGCUCCUUUCUCAGAUCGCAUAUAUACUCCCAAUGCAGGAGCUGUCGAGAGGCGGAGACGAGAGGAGAGUGUAGUUUGGUCACAGACGGUCGUGCGAGUUGAUCAGUUGCAAGGCUGCAAUGGCGAGGAGGAGUCUAGACCAGCGCCAGAGACUGAGCUACGAUGAAGUCCAUACCAUGUUCCUCGACAGAAUGGGUGAAAUUACAGAGACAGGAGCCGAAUGGGUGGCUUGUAAUGUCGACAAGAGGAUGCUCGUCCUCAACAGAUUGAAGACGAGGUUGGUCAACACCUUAGAUACGAGAAUUGAUGCAGGCCUGGCGCGAACCGGGCUCUCCUCUUCUCAUCGACAGCGCGGAGUGAAGCAUUACUCGCCAUUUGCGCGAGUAGCUGACGUCUUCGAUGCCGACACAAAGGAAAAGCUUGAAAAAGCCAAAGAGGAGGUUGUCGACACAGCUAAAGAUUACCGAGUUCCUGUGCCGGCAGCAAAUUUGCCAUAUAUUGGUUACGUGCACAGUCUGACCAUCAAGCAGCUUCUGUGCGGAGUGAUUGCCGGUGCUGUGGCGUCGACAGUGGUCGUCCCUUUCGACGUUCUACAGAGCAAAGUCAUUGCUGGGCAGGGAGGGCGAAGUUUGGGACAAGUUGUGAGCACUGUUGCCCGAGAAGAAGGGCUGCAAUCUUUGAUGAAGGGAAGCUUGAAUUUCAACAUUAUCAAGAAUGGCAUAGAGAAAGGCCUGCAGUUCACCAUUUUCGAGGCUGUGAAAAGGAAUCAGCAGAGGAAGAAGGGCAAGCAGCCCAAAGUGCUCCCGAUUCCUAGAGCAAUACCGCUCUCCACAGCAGGAGGCGCCGCUGCCGGGUUCAUAGGCACCUUGCUCAGCUACCCUCUUCAACCUGUUUUCUCCAGAUGCCUUCUCCAGCCCGAGAAGUACAACUCCAUGAUUGGAACAUUGAAGACCAUUGUGAAGAACGAAGGAGGCAUACGUGAGUUGUAUCGGGGUAUUGUUCCUGCACUCAUGAGCAUGGUCCCAAGUGCAGCCAUCAGUUUCUACACCUACGAGACCUUGAAGAAUAAGUACGUGGCGGCUGAACAUUUACAAAAUCCUCAAGCCCUAGCAUCUCUGAUAAUCGGAGGAAUCGCUGGUGCAGUGUCGAGUACCAUCACAUUUCCUCUAGAAGAGGCCCGCAGGCAAAUAGUUUACAGCACGUUAUCGAAGGAGGCAGUAAAUAUUGGCAAUGUUCAUUACAAUAACACCUGGCAGGCAUUGCAAGGUAUUGUGAAGAGGGAUGGUUUCCGAGGACUGUACCGUGGCUUGACACCCACCAUUCUUCAGAUCGUUCCCAUGACCGCCAUCACGUUCAUGGUUUAUGAGUUUGCGAAGAGGGCUCUGAUCGCACAGGGCGAAGAAAGUCCUCAUGAAGUCUUAGAUGCCAGCGAUCUUCCUCCGGAGGAACAAUCGAAAAUGCCUUAGUUUUCUUUCCUAGACUUUAGCACUCAAAGUUUGUCCGUGUAGUAUACCUGUACAUUAGAUCGUCACGCAACGACUAGGACUUGUCUAAAGUUGCGUUUGUACCAUACUUGUACACUAGGAUGGAGUAGCUGUAUGAUCAAAGUCUUUCAAUGAGAAAUGUGCAUCCAUCUGCGUUUUUCUCCUUACUUACCUUAAUGUCGAAUACACGA